AUGAAUGGAAAUAAGGUAGUAGCACAGCUUAGAUCACACGUUUUCAAUAAGCGUGAGUUGAGUAAUGAGGCGAAAUUGUUAAUUCAUCAGUCAAUCUUCAGACCAACUAUCCUUUACGGAAGCGAGAGCUGGGUUGAUUCUCAAAAUUUAAUCCAUGGAUUGGAAGUGGCUGAUAUGAAAGUUUUACGAAUGAUUUCUGGAGUAUCGCGCAGAGACCAAUGGGAAAAUCGUAUAAGAAAUGAGAGAAUUAGAGAUGAUUUGAAUGCUGUGUCGGUGGAUGAAGUUGCAAGAAUGUCGAGACUGAGAUGGUUUGGACAUGUCCAACGUAUGGGUGAGUUGCGUUUGUCAAAGAAGAUUUUGUAUGCCGAUGCAGAUGGACCGAGAAACAGAGGAAGACCUCGUAGACGUUAUUUGGAUUCGGUUAAAUGUGAUUUGGAUGUUAGAGG